GACAGCCCAAAUGGACUAUAAUGAUACUCCCUUUACAAACAAGAAUAUCAGAAGAGCCCAAAACUCCUUCUGGGGAAGCAAUAGGUUCAAUGGCUAUCGCCAUUGAACUCCCAUUAUUGGGAACAGGAGAAGGAAAAGUUCCAAGUCUGCAAACCCAGGAAAUAAAAAUACCCUUCAGGGUUACUUACAAAAUUAUCAAGGAGGUAUUAUUAACCAAAAUUAUGCCAGAUCAUCCAGACUAAGGUUGGUCGAUGCUAAAUAAAAAGAAGAUGCUCGGCAAGGAAAAUAGCAAUGAGACUGGUAAAAACCUUGAGAAACAUUCUAUCAUGGACUUGAUUAAGAGGAGCUUAAUGAAAAAUAAAUCAACUAGAACAGCUAGAGAGAGUCCAAGUGACGAGAAAAGAAGCAUCUUAGCUCAAGCUAGAAUCAGACCAGAUUUUGUUUCAGUCAGAAAUCAUAGGACUGCUAUUAUUUCUAAAAGAAACCAAAGAGAGUAUGGUAAUCAUUCGUAUAUUAGUGAGGAGAGGAAACAGUCAAAAAUAAUCCAAAAAGCUAAGCCAGUUGAGAAAAGGCCUCAGACAUCAAUCCGCUCUAAGCAAAGAGAUUUGAAGAAUGAUAUACCGAAAUAACCUUAAUAGAAAUGCUUCAACCCUGACAUAUAAGAAUAAAAGUAAUCAAUCGGAGUCAUCUCAUCAUAAACGAAGCAUUUCUCUUCAUAAUUCUCAGAGAUUUUAUGGGGCUAAAAGAGGAGUCUUCUACAAGAAUUCUCAUAAUGGAGUGGUCAUUGAAGAUAACAAAUCAAAGUUGUUUAUAAGACCCACAAGUUCCUUAAACAGAAGCUGAGUUAAUCUUCAGAACGAGAAACAGGAAAAUACAACCAUUAAGAAUCAAAAUGAUGAGCAAAAGUAUCAUAAACCGUUACAGAAUCAAAGCUCUGAGUUGCAAGUUAACUUUAAGUUCCUAUGGAAACUUCCUGAUAGCUAUUUCAGUUCAAAUUUACACGUUGGAAAAAAGACAAGCAAGCACAGAAUAAUUAAGAAAUCAAACAACAUCAUUAAAGGACUAUCAAAGCCAGGAAUUUCAGUCCCAAAGGUCAGCUACAAGUCCAAAAUGGAGUGCAAAGUUGAUGGAGUUGGCUUAAAUCUCAACUCUUCUCUCUACGGCUAAAAAU